GUGCGGUGCGGUGCGGUGCGCGGAGAUGAGCGCGGAGCCGGACGGAGUCUCGCUGCGUUCCUCCUCGUCCUCGUCGGGCUCGCUGGGCUCGGCGGCGGGGCCGGCGCUGCGGCCGCUGUCGGCUAACGUGCGGCGGCUGCACCAGGCGCUGACGGCGCUGCUGAGCGAGGCGGAACGGGAGCGCUUCAUCCUCUGCCUCAACGCUUACCACGGCCGCCGCAACGUCUGCGAUCUGGUGCGCUCCCUCCGCGCUCUCCUCGACGGGCCCCGACGGCGGCAGCUGCUACCCCUGCUGCGCCUGGUGCUGCCGCGUUCCGACCAGCUGCUCUUCGACCAAUACACGGCCGAAGGGCCGUACCUGCCGCCCCCCGGCCGCCCCCCGCCUCCCUCGGGGGAGCUGCGCCAGGUGACGCUGCGCCGGAGCAAAGCCCACGAGGGUUUGGGCUUCAGCAUCCGCGGCGGAGCCGAGCACGGAGUCGGGAUCUACGUGUCGCUGGUGGAGCCCGGCUCGUUGGCUGAACGGGAGGGGCUGCGCGUCGGGGAUCAGAUCCUGGGGGUGAACGGCAAGCCGCUGGACAGAGUGACCCACGCCGAGGCCGUCAAGGUUCUGAAAGGCUGUAAGAAGCUGAACCUGUCCGUCCAUUCGGUGGGACGCAUCCCGGGGGGCUACGUCACCAACCACAUCUACACCUGGGUGGACCCACAGGGCCGCAGCGUGUCCCCACCGACGGGGCUGCCUCACCAUCAGAACAGCUCGCUGCGCAAGGACGGCGAGAAGAGGAGCCACCUCCAGCUCCUGCAGGAGGGAGAUGAGAAAAAGGUGAACCUGGUCCUGAAUGAGGGGAAGUCCCUGGGGCUCAUGAUCCGAGGAGGGGCAGAAUACUCCUUGGGCAUCUACAUCACCGGUGUGGACAAGGGAUCUGAAGCUGAGAGCACUGGCUUGAAGGUAGGAGACCAGAUCCUGGAGGUAAAUGGCAGGAGCUUCCUCAGCAUCCCCCACGACGAGGCAGUGAAGCUGCUCAAGUCCUCCCGUCACCUCAUCAUGACAGUGAAGGACAUUGGGAGGCUGCCCCAUGCCCGCACCACCGUGGAUGAGACCAGGUGGAUAGCGAGCUCCCAGAUUGGAGAGACCCUCGUCAGCUCCACGGGGGUGGUGGGCGAUCAUGCUGCGGAGGCAACAGCUAGGCCCGUGUUCUACCGGGGCCUGGCUGGCUCGCAGGUGACACUGAGCAGCAUGGUGAACCAGACCCGGGUCAUGCUGGAGGAGCAGGCGAGGCACCUGCUGAACGAACAGGAACGGGCCACCAUGGGCUACUACCUGGAUGAGUAUAAGGAAGGCCAUAUCUCCGUGGAUGCUCUGGUCAUGGCGCUCUUUGAGCUGCUCAACACACAUGCGAAGUUCUCACUUCUCUCGGAGGUGAGGGGUGUGAUCUCCCCACAAGACCUCGAUCGCUUUGACAACCUGGUGCUGAAGAGAGAGAUCGAGUCCAUGAAAGCCCGGCAGCCUGCAGGACCCAGCGUUGGCACUGAUUCCUACUCCAUGAUGUCCUACAGUGACACCAUCUCUUCCUCCAGCAGCCACUUCACCUCCACGACCGUCAGCUCAGCCCGGGAGCGGCUCUUGUGGCUAAUAGACCUGAUGGAGAACACAUCAGAAUUGGAGGAAGGUGAAGACUGCCAGCAGAGCAGCAUCAACACCCUGCCAGACAUCUCUCUGGAUGACCUCUCGUCCUUCCCAGAGGAACCCCCCAAUUUCAAGCCUCCCCCUCCUCCCACAGCCCCCCAGAUGCUGGACCCCUCCGCUGCCCAGCACAGGAACCCGGGGAAGGACAAACCCAAGCGCCCUUCCUCCGAGUCCUCCCAGUCAGGCCUCUUCUUUGUGGCCCCCCGAAACCCCACACCCCCUCCGAGCCACUCUGAGAAGGACACCAUCAGCGUGGCCUCCACUGCCACCACCUCCACUGAGGAAUCCUCCCCGAGCGCCAUCUAUGCCACCAUUUCCCCAACCCCGCGUGGCUCCCGACGGCAAAUGGACCCCCAGCUCUCCCUGCUCAGCCAUCCCCCCAUCGGCCCCUUCCCCAGGGUGCAGUCCCCCACCAGGCUGACCAGCCCUCCUGCAGAUGGCCCUGCGGCUGCCAGCUGCCAAAGCCCCGCAUCCCCAUCCCCACCUCCACCCCCAGCCCACCCUGCUCCCCCUCCUCCCAGCCCUCAGGCCAACCAGCACUUCAUCAUGGUGGAGGUGCACCAACCCAACAGCGAGCCCGAUGUCAACGAAGUGAGGCCCUUGCCCCAGGCUCGAGCCUCCACGCUCUCCCAGCUGUCAGACAGCGGGCAGACCCUCAGCGAGGACAGCGGGGUGGACAUCGGCGAGGUGGAGGUCAGCGGCAAGGACAAGAGCAGGCAGCCGGUCCCUGGGAAAAGCAGAAGCCUCAAGGAGGGCACAAGGAGUGAGGGGACAGCAGAAGGGGCCUCCAAACCGCCAGGGCUCCUGGAGCCCACCUCGUGUCUGAUCCGGGUGUCCAAGAGCGCGCCGACCUUGGGAAUCGCCAUCGAGGGCGGAGCGAACACGCGGCAGCCACUGCCCCGCAUCGUCACCAUACAGCGCGGCGGUUCAGCACACAACUGCGGGCAGCUGAAGGUGGGCCACGUCAUCCUGGAGGUGAACGGCACGGGGCUGCGGGGCAAGGAGCACCGCGAGGCUGCCCGCAUCAUCGCCGAGGCCUUCAAGCUGAAGGAGAAGGACUACAUCGAUUUCCUGGUUACAGAGUUCAACGUCGCCCUUUAGGAGCCACGUGGGACCCGGGGGGCACCCGGAUGGGAACGGGAGGCGACGUGGGGGCACCGGUGCCCCCCCCCCCCACACUGCUGCACUGCAAUGCACACGCAGAAUCCCACACCGUCCCCAGCUGUCCCCCACGGGGCUGA